AUGGCUGAUCAGUGUAUUUACCUUCUAUCAUCAGAUGUACACGUCACCUGUCAGGUCUCUGAGGACUGCGUCCUACCCUGCAGCUUCGAACCCAGCGGCAAUGAGAAGAUCCACUGGUACCGGCAGGACGUCCUGAUCUACAGCCAUCCGGACAGCAGCGAUAAGUCUGUGGACAGGACUUCGAUGUUCACAGAGCAGCUGGACCUGGGCAAUGCCUCGCUCCUCCUGCAUCAGUGUGGGCCACAGAACAGAGGGCGCUACAGAUGCAGGGUCAUCAACGGCGACAAGGAGAAGAGCUCCUUCAUCGUGGUCAAAGUAGAAGCCCCCAUCCGCUCAGUAAACCUAAAGAUGACCCGUCUGAGUGGCUACGAAGAGGCCAAAUGCUCCACGAGUGACGUCUACCCCGCCCCUCAAGUCUCCUGGUCUACCGAACCAUCCACACCCCCCGAGAAGCUCAAAUACACGACGAGAAUAAUGGCUGACAAGCAGGGUCGCUACUCUAUGGAGAGUAAACUGAGAAGGCUGGACCAUGGUGACCUCACGUACAUCUGUACCAUUAACUCUUCGUCCACCCGUCAGACAUGGAGGGCGUUUUUAACCGUGACAGUCCUCAAUAACAUCACCUCCACGUCCACAUCGUACACAUCCCACACCUGGGCGGAUAUGAACCCUGCCGAACACCAGAACCUCACCAUCCCUUGCAAAGCCCCAUGGGACAUCCAGGACUUCACUCUGACCUGGUCCUUCACAAGAGAGAACAGAACCACAGACGUCUGCAAGUACGACAGCCGGACGGAUCUGAUCACCAACCUGUGGAAGAGCACUGCGUUCCUGGAACAUCAGAGACUGGAGAAAGGGGAUGCAUCUCUACGGCUGGUCAACCUGAGAAGCCUGGAGCAUACGGGUGUCUACAUAUGCAACAUCUCAGCCUUCCAGAGGGCGCAUGUCGGGCAGAUUGAAGUCAACGUAACUUCACUGGCUUUUGGAAGUACAGUAUGA